UUUUGGCGUUGGGCUCUCGCGCGCGCCGCCCCGCCCUGCCCUCUCGCCAGAUUCUGCAUCCUACACGGAAGUCAUCAUGGGCUUUUUCCAACUCCUGAUGAAAAAGAAGGAACUUAUUCCUUUAGUGGCCAUCAUGACCUUCGCGGCCGGUGGAGCCUCAGCGUUCGCCCUGUAUUCCUUCAAGAAAACCGACGUGAUUGUUGAUCGAAAAAGAAAUCCGGAACCCUGGGAGACUGUGGAUCCAAGUGUACCUCAGAAGCUUGUGACAAUCAACCAACAAUGGAAACCCAUUGAAGAGUUGCAGAAGGUCCGAAAGGCGACCAAAUGACCACUCUUUGCCUCUUUCUUCCUAAGACUACUCUAUGAAUCUGGUGGAAACAUUUCUGCACAGACUAGAUUAUGGAUGGCAGUGUGCGGAAAUGCUUCUGCUACAUUUUUAGGGUUUGACUGCAUUUUCUGGACUCUGGAUAAAGCAUUCAAGGUAGUGCAGUAAUAACCAACUAGUACAAAAAUAAGUUUCUGUGUUUAUUAUUAUAAUUUUG